UAUGUACAACCUUAGUACAAGCGACACCACCAACAACUAUACAUCUCUGGGACCUGCAGAGUUUCUGUGUCGCUAGCUGUAUUUUGGGGAUUUAGUAGUGAACAACUAUUCAUGCUCUACCACUACCUUCAAAAGAUAAAACCAGAACAAUAGUCAAAAGUGUAAAACAUGCCUUCGAGUCAACUAUAUUUUAGAGUACAGCUCUACAUGACAAGAGUAUUUACUGACAAGAGUAUUUACUGUAACCUUGUGGUAUUUGCUUAAACACUCAAUGAUAUCGGUUUAACAACAAGAACAGUGACGGUUAAGCUCAUGAUACAAGGAGAAUCUUUGAAAUCUCCUGAAUGGGAGAAAUAAGUUUGAUAUCAACCAGUUCAAGUGGAAACGGAAGUGGAAGCUUUUUUAGCAAUGGACAUGGAUUGCAAAUACAUCGGGAUUUGGAAGAGGACUGUCCACCCAUUGGCAGACUGUAUAGUCACCAUCAGGAGUCGGAUAUUGUCAUUUCUGAUGAAAUAGAGGCCGAAGACUACGCCCCUAACCCACGGGAUUAUUAUUCCCACUUUUUCCGUGAGAGUGAGAGACUUUCAACGUUCCAUGACUGGCCACCUUGGGCCCAUGUAACGAAGGAAGAAUUGGUCCAAAAUGGGUUCAUGUAUUUACACGUAUCAGAUCGCGUUCAGUGUGUAUUUUGUAGAGCGUGUUUAGCUAGCUUUGAACCAGGUGAUGUUGUGGCUAAUGAACACAGAAAAUAUUGCCCCGAAUGUCCGUUUGCGUUUGGUUAUGAGUGCGGAAAUAUACCGAUACCAUCUGCUAGUAGAAUUCAGCAAACAACACGACAAACAACGUUGAAGGAAAUAGAUAGGAGACCGACUGCAGCUGGAAACUUUGCCUUAUCAUCUCCGCCAUCUUCCACUGUCCGGACGACUUCAGUUCCAACCAGAACUGCUAAUCCAAUUGCUCUACCGCAGUCACAUAGUGUAACAGCGUUGUCUGCAAUUGAUCCAAACCAAGUUGCUGCAGCAGUUAUCACAGAGCCAAAAUACAGGGACUGGGCAGACGAACAUACGAGAUUGCGGUCUUACAGGGGAUGGCCUGAACAGAUGCGACAAACCCCGCGAGAUCUGUCAGCCGCCGGACUGUUGUACAUGGGUCAGGGUGAUCGUUGUAAGUGUUACUGGUGCGGAGGAGAACUCUACGACUGGGACCCAGAGGACAUUCCAUGGGUGGAGCAUGCAAAGUGGUUUUCGCAGUGCGGCUUUGUGAGACAACAGAUGGGCGAACAAUUCGUCAUAAACGUCAAAAAUGGCGUGACAACAAACGUUGAGUCUCCUAGCAACCAGGAGUUCCUGAGGCGUCCACAUGUUCUUGCUGCACUGAAUGACUAUAGAUAUACACAAGAUCAGGUCUUGGAGGCAUUACACACAUACGGUGUCCUGAACCUAAUAACUGCACAAGAUAUCAGAAAAUAUGUCGAGGAGUUGACACAGAAGAGGCAGGUAGCCCAAAUGCAUGCCAGAGUCACUCAAACCGUCGCCAAUGCAGACGCAAGAAUAUUGAGUCAUUUGGUUAACUUGUCAGACAGUUCAUUUGCUAUGUCAACCGGUGGUCAGCAAGUUACCCAGCCCAGUGACGAGGCGGGGGCAUCCAAUGGUCAGUUGUGCAUUGAGGAUCUUGCGAUGGAGGGCGUGGAGGAAUCAAAUACUGGAAGUUUUAAUUACCAGCGUUUACAGAACUUGAGUCUGAAUACUCACUUUAGUUCCUUGUCCUCAGCAAGUAUUCCUUCAGAUGUCGACGAUGUUCUUAAGGAAAACGAGAAACUCAAAGAACAACGCGUGUGUAAAGUAUGUAUGGACAGGGAAGUCUGCGUUACCUUCCUUCCUUGUCGCCACCUGGCAACCUGUGAAGAGUGUGCUGAAUCAAUUAGUACUUGUCCCAUAUGCAGAUCAGAUAUUGAAAGCAAAGUUAAAGUAUACUGGGCUUGAUAGGUAAAGAGAAGAUCAAAUGGUAUAUGUUCCUUAAUAAAAAAACUAUCAUAGAAUACAUGUAUGUUUUGUAUUGUACAGCUCCUUUGGAAUCGAAGUGUUCGCGGAAGGAGCUUAUUCGAGGGAUGCAAUCGUAGUCAUUAUCUAUAUAUGAGAAAGCUUUCAAUUGAAUACAUCUUUGCUACGAUUUCAGGCCCCAACAAAAUAUUAAACGUAGUGUUCCAGAAAAAAACACACGAAAACUUUGCGUUCUCAAAAUGCGACUGCGAAGUUACGUAACGCAUCACACAUUUCUUUACCAUGUUUUCAGCGAAGUUGAACACUCUGAUUAUUAAUCUGGGCGGUUAAACAUUUGUUUAAAGUCGUGUUCGAAAAUUUAAAAUAAAAAUAUUCCCCAAAGUCGGUAUCCAAAAAUUAAUAAACACCCUGAAAGUAUUGUAUUGACGUUUGUAUAUUGCUGUGUAUAACGUCAUUUGCAAAAUCAUAGCGUGCGCUUUUAAAUACCACGCCGUUGCUUAAUGAUAUGGCCGCAAUGAAAUGAAAACUAUUAUAUAUUUUUAAUAUUGUUUUACAGAAAGGUACUCAAAGGUUGGACGGAUAUCCAUGUAAUAUACUGUAGUACGAAUAUUAAAGUUCAACUACUACAUUUCAACUUUAGACUAUCGGUUGAAACCGUAAGCGGGACAUGGCCAUUUACUCAAAUUAGGCAAAUGUAACGGUCAAACGGCGUCUUGCAAUCAUGUGGUAGGGUUAAAGACUGUAAAAUCACAUGGAUUAUUCAUUACCAAAUAGGAAAAUAGUAUGACGUAUUGCAACUGUCCGAAAAAUUAGAGAUAUUAAUUAUAUGGGAAAACGGGGAUAUCCAAAAAGUUUAGUCAUAACAAAUAUUAUAAAAUCCUUAAAUGUUAACAUCCUGUCUUUGAAUUAUUUUUUUUAAGUUAAUGACAAUUUUACUUCUAAUUUAUUAUUUCAUGUGUUAUUAUAUUUAGAGUGCAUAUGUUUAUUGUUUCGUUUUGUGUGUGCUGUUUCCUGUUUGAUGGAUCAUUUUAAUGUUUUAUGUUUAAAGUAAUGGAUUCUAACUAUAAAUUAUAAUAUUGUA